AUGUGCAGGAAACGUUCCACAUACGGACACGUCUCAUCAACGAGGAUGAUCAACGACUGUGUGGACAUGCAGGAAAACGACGAGGAAUCAUCUCCGGAGUUUUGUGGUUUGUACCCAAGAAGGACCCAUGACGGACCGUUUGAAAAGUUCAAACUCCAAAAUAGGGGACGACAGAGGUAG